UUGACGUCUUCGACUUAAAAGCAAUGUUAAGUGCUGAAACUAAUCAAUUAUACUCAAAUAACUGAUUUCAUUUCACAUGUAUGCAGUAUUCCUGAUCGAUUUAGAGCAUCGUGUAACAUUGUGAAUUGUUGAUUCUUCAGGCUUGUGCUGUAUAUUUCUGUCAUUUAGCUGUGAUACAAAAAUGGUUUUGGCUCAGAGGGCAAAAUGGCUUUAUGCUGUGGCUGGAAGUGGUGUUGUAUUGGGUAUGUUCAGCUAUUUUCAAUCAGAGAAAAAAUGUGCAGAGAUGUCCUGGACUACAAACUUCGAGCCUUCUGUGAAAUGGGACUAUAAUUGGGACAGACGUGAACCCUUAAGUAUGAUAAAACCUGCUGAAAAGGAAAAUGAUCCUAUUGAACAAAACAGAAUAAAUGAACAGAAAGUUAAAGUUACACCCACUGCAACGAGGCAUCUUUUUCUUAUACGUCAUGGACAGUAUAACGAGUCUGCUAAAGCAGAUGUAGACAGGCGUCUCACUGAAUUAGGCAUAAAACAAGCACAAGUAGUAGGACAGAGGUUAUUGGAUUUGAAAUUCAACUAUACAUCACUUGUUAGAUCAUCAAUGACACGAGCAAUAGAAACAUCUGAUAUUAUUCUCAAAAACUUUCCUGAUUUAUCUGUUAAAACUGAUGAUGUUCUUCGAGAAGGAGCACCAAUUCCACCUGAACCUCCUGUGGGAUAUUACAAGCCUGAACCCAAAAAGUACUUUGAAGAUGGUGCUAGAAUAGAAGCUGCUUUCCGAAAAUACUUUCAUCGAGCAGAUGCAAAACAGAAAUCAGACAGUUAUGAGAUAAUUGUGUGUCACGCAAAUGUUAUUCGCUAUUUUGUUUGCAGAGCACUUCAGUUUCCGCCUGAAGCAUGGCUGAGAUUUUCAUUACAUCACUGCAGUAUAACGUGGGUUGCUAUUCCUCCUACUGGCAGAGUUAGAGUUUAUGCUAUAGGAGAUUCUGGACAUCUGUCCAAAGACAAAAUGACUACAAAGUACAAAACACAUUGAUUCAUGCAAGAAAAUGCUUCAGUUUUUACCAAUUGUUGCUUGAUGUUGUAUUGUUGCAAAUCUGUCUUUGCUUGCUUGAAAGAGACUUGUUUUAAGAAAUUGAAACAAAUGUUUAAUACCUAUGAAUAAAAUAUUCUUU